AUUCACAGAACAGACAAGUUCCCAGAAUUCUAUCAUUUUUUUAUCUCUCGUAUAUUUUAAAGCACGAUUAGAUAUAAACUUCUUACAUCAAUACAUAUUUUAAAAAAAGAAUAAUUCUACUUCAUCUAUUCGUGUUGAAGGAAGUACAACAAUUUUUUUCACUAUUCCUAGUAAAAUACAAGAGAUGUAUGUUUUAUGAAAUAAAAGUAAUUAAAAAAAAAAAAAGAAAAGAAUAUGGAACGAGCUAUAAAAUAUUUUCCAAACGAAUGCAUUGUUUGUCAUUCGACAACAAAAUUAAAAAGAUGCAAGGGAUGUAAUAUGAUUGCCUACUGUGACAGAGCUCAUCAAUUGGAAAAUUGGUCAGAACAUAAAGAUUUAUGCAAAGCAAUAGCAUUGAUAUUAAAAAAGAAAGGAAUACGACACAUUUAUGAGGAAAUCGCCAAUAAAUCAUUCUCGCUAUGGAAAUCAUCAAAAAAUUCAAUUCUCAACGAACUAUCAAGUUCUUUGAAACGAUAUCCAAAUGCACUUGAAGCGGAAAUAUUAAAAUUCCCCCGAGUUUGUUUCGUCUGUCGCGAAGCUAAACAAGAGAAAUUAAAAAAUUGUCCAAAUUGUCCAUUAGCUUCGUUCUGUGAUUUACAUCCAAGCAGCGAAUUACACGACAGAUGUUGUCACAUCAUUAAAAAUGAAGUCUCCUUAUUAUGGUCGUUGAACUACAAUUCGCAUAAUUUGCAAAAGAAAAUGAAAACAAUGGCCCAUGGGACAAAAAUUUUGAAAGAAAUUAAUGACGAAUCACCAGUGGAUUUGAUGGAUUUUUACGACAAGUAUACGAGUAUCACACCAGAAAGUUGUCUUUUGGAAGGUGAAAAAACUUCUCUCUCCGAAUUUGUCAGUAUUUCGUUAACAAUUCACAAAAUUCUACAAACAAUUUACAACUACGGUAAUUAUCCACCGGAAAUUGUUAUUCAUGUCGAUGUCGGAGGUCUCGAAAAGCAUGUCAAUUAUUAUCAUCACUGGGAAAUACUUUUACAUUUUCUGCCGAAUGUGAAGAGUCUAAAAAUCAUCAAUAUCGAGGGAAAUUUAGAUAUCACCAAAGAAAUAUCACUGUGCCAAAAUUGUAAAACAAAUAAACGUAAAUUAAUCGUCGAAGCAAAAUCAAUGCCAUACGAAAGAUACUUGGCUGAGAGAAAUUAUCAAAAACCAUCUUUCAUUGGUUAUUUCAACAUCUCGCCUCCAUUGUACGCACGAAAUCAAUGGAGGGCAACAAUCGAGAGAUUCCGUAAAGUCACAUGUCCAAUGGUGUUUACAACACUCACCGAAGAUGUGUUCGAAAUGACGAGAGAAGAUUUUUUAAACUCCUCCAUUGGUUUUAAAGUAAUUGACAGUGGAUUCAAUACAUUUGCACCUUUGAUGCACUUUGAAUUAAUUGACGAUGGCUCAGUGAAACGGAAUUCUCAAUUUAUUUGCUUAAUUCAAGAAGGAAAGGCCUUUUCUUCAACAGCAACGGAAACAUUAACUAGAGAAGUAAAUCGACCGAGAUCCUCUUUCUAUCCUCAUGUUUGUCACGUUUGUCAUAAGGAAGAGGGAAAAAUUACAUGCAAUCGUUGUCGAAUCAUAAGCUAUUGUUCGAAUAAGCAUCGUGAUCAGGAUCAAAUUUAUCAUAAGGAUAUUUGUCGGGUGAUUUUGAAUUUAUUGAGUGAAAUGGGAACGGCAAAUAUUUUUGACAAUCAAUCAACAGUGGACUCUGAUUCGUGGCUGCAAACAAAAGUUGAUGUUAUGAAGAAAGUGAGGGGAAAAUUUGAGAGAAAACUAGAGGAAUAUGAGGAGCAAAUGUUUCUAUUUCCCAAAGCUUGUGCAAUUUGUCACGUCACUGAUUCGAGUUUAUUGAAAAGUUGCGAAUGUGGGGUCAGUCUCUGCAAAAUUCACAACAAAGAUGAGAGUCACAAGAAAUUAUGUAAAGAAUUAUCGAUUGCUUACAAAUUUUCCCAAACCGAAAUCGAACCAAUUUUAAUGGUCCUAAUGAAAUUCCACGUCAUUACUGGUGAAUGUGAAAAUUCAUCAACGACAAUGCUCGAUUUUCUAAAAUCAAAUGUUCCACCAUCGAUGAUGAAAAAUGUCGAAAUUACUCAAGAAAUAAAUUUUCAACAAUUAGCGACAUCAAAGACAAUAACUGACUCAAUAACAUUGCUAAAUGUGAUAACAAAAAAAAUCCCUUCACUCAUUAAGACAACAAUGACAAUUCACAUUCUUAUCGCAAAAAGAGCAGAAAUCGUCACUGAGAAUACGUGGACAAAUUUUUUGUACUUAAUGCCAAAGUUGAGAAAUUUGAAAAUAAUUUUCAUCGGUCAACAAGUGGUGAAUUGUCCGGAAAAAAUUGUCGAUACGUCUACAUUUAAUUUGAUGAAUGCAGGAGUAAAUAAGAAAUUAACACUUGAUUAUUGUGACAUGAAUUAUAAGGAAUAUUCAAUGAGUAAAAAGUACGAAAAAGCGGAUGUCAUUUUGGGUUCGAAUUUAAAUAUUCAAGAUUUUGAAUUACUUGCAUCGAAUGAGAGUGACAAUUAUUGGAAGGAGACUAUUUUAACUCUCGAAAAAGUUGGUGUGCCUUUUAUUUUAACGGCAGGUACAAAGGAACGUGUCGAGAGAGAGCACCGAAUAAUUUGUCAAUUUUUAGGGAAAAAUGUCAAUUACUUGUUUUUGGAGGAAAAUCCAUUUGCUUCGUUGUGUCCGGAACGUGAUUUUCGCACGGAAGGCGUUAUGUACGCGAAUAAAUUUCUCAUCGUCUACAAUGGAAAAUACAAGGAAUCGAAGGUGAAAAAAAAAUUCCCAGAAGAAAAAUUGCAAAAUAUCGACGAAAAAUCGCAAAAAGAAGAGGAAAAAAUAUUGCAAACCGAAGAAAAGGAAAAAUUGCUAACGGAAGGAAACGAAAAAUUCCAAAAUGAAGAGGGCGAAAAAUUGCAGAAAGAAAUGGACAAAAAAUUGCCGAAAGAAAAGGAAAUAGAAUCGCAAACUGAGGAGGAAAAGAAUUCACAAACAGGAAUAAAGAAAAAAUUGCAAAAAGAAGACAAAAAGAAAUUGCGAGAAGAAGAAAUAAAAUUGCGAGAAGAAAAUUAUCAGAAAUUGCACGAAGAAAAGGAAAAAAUGUCGCAAACCGAAAAGGAGAAAAAAUUGCAAAAAAAAGACGAUGAAAAAUUUCAGGAAGAAAAGAAAAAAGAAUUCCAAACCGAAGAGAAUGAAAAAUUGCCAGAAAGAGAGAAAAUCAAAUUGCAAACUAAAGAGAAGAAAAAAUUGCCGAAAGAAAGGGAAAUAAAAUUCCGAGCAGAAGAGGAAAAAAAUUUGCAAGCAGAAGAGAAAAACAAGGAGAAAAAAAAAUUGCCGAAAGAAGAGGAAAUAAAAUCACAAGCUGCAGAGGAUGGAAAAAAUUCGCAAACAGAAGAGAACAAAAUUUUACAAAUAAUAGAAGAGGAUAAAAAUUUGCCGAAAAAGAAGAAAAAGAAGUCACAUAAAAAAGGGAACAAAAAAUUGCAAAAAGAAGUGGAAAAUAAUUUACCAAAACCAGAAGAUGAUAAUAAUAAUCUAUUAUUACUGCAGAAAACUAAUAAAAUUCUUAGAGAAGAAAAUGAAAAUUUAAGAAAAGAAUUAGAUUCAGCGAAUGGUAAAUUAAAAAUUUGUGACAUUUUUCUUGCAAGAUAUAAAUUUGACCAUUACUAUAAAAAUUUUUUUAAAACCCUCGAGCCCAAUAUUAAUUCAACGAAUUAAUAUUUAAUACUCGAGGUCAAUACUAAUUUAAUGAAUUAAAUAUUAAAAAUGAAGAAAUCAUUUCUUUACAGUUCAGAUAAAAAAAAUAAAUACUUAACUAUGUUUUUACUAAAACCUUUUUCGACUUUAAUUUGUCACUAAAAAUGUAAGAGAACUUUAAAAUAGUUUCAAACUUUCAAGAGAUGAUUAUAAAAAAUAUAUUAUAAUUUUUUUCGUACUUUCAGUUACAAAAAUAAUGUAUUUUAUUAAUUGUUUACUAAAUAUAUUGAUAAAGUAAA